AUGGUCGCACCUCAACGUCGUACGGUGAUGCCAGCGCUGGGCUUGCUUGCCUCGUCGCUGUGCUCAUUGCUCUUGACCGCAAAUGCUGCCACCGUCGAGCAGCACUGGAAUAUCAACUGGGUGCCCGAUGUUAAUCCAGACGGCCUUUACCCAAGGCACGUCAUUGGCGUCAAUGGUAGCUGGCCUCCUCCCAUCAUCAACGUCAACGCAUCAGACACGGUUCGUAUCACUGCUACCAACAAGCUUGAGACCGGCGUCGGUGCCUCGCUCCAUUCGCACGGCAUGUUCUUCAACCGUACUGGCUACUAUGACGGCGCUGUAGCGAUCACUCAAUGUCCCAUCCCUCCUGGCCAAUCCUUCACAUACGAGACGCUCAACUCGCCCGCUUCGCCUGCCGACCGUCGUAAGCAGAUGGGCACCUUCUGGAUUCAUGCGCACAACAACGACCAGUACACCGACGGUCUUCGUUCUCCUGUCAUCAUCCACCCCGAUGACCCGGCGGACAUUCACUACAACUACGACGACGACUACACCGUCAUCCUCGGCGAUUGGUACCACUCCAACUACACAGACUUGGUCAAGAACGAGUUUAUGAACCGCAAAAACCCUACCGGUGCCGAACCCGUCCCCAAAUCUGGUCUCAUCUACUUUGCUCACACUUCCAACAAGACUUCGGCUGCCACCUACCUGCCUGGCUUCAGCGAGAACGCUACGCUCCCCUUCGAGGCGGGCAAGACGUACAGGUUGCGUGUCAUCAACAUGUCGGCGCUAGCUGCUUUUUACUUCUACCUGUCCGGUCACGACAUGCAGGUGAUCGAGGUCGAAGGUGUUGAUGUGCUGCCUCAGCCUGUCGAUUUCCUCUCGGUUGCCGUAGCGCAGCGUUUCAGCGUGCUCGUCACAGCGAGAAACGACACUGAUCCCCAGAACUGGAAGUUGCACGCCAACAUGGACGAGGACAUGUUUGACGUUGUUCCCGAAGAUCUCCAGCUCAACGUGUCGGCGACCAUCUCGUAUCCCAACGCUCCCAAGGACAAGUUCGGACCGGAAAAGAUCCUCGAAGAGUACACUUACUUUGAUGACCUUCAAUUCGUCCCCGUCAACGCUGAGCCUAUGGUCACUCCCGACGCAGUCCAUCGUCUCGAUGUUUCGUUCGACACCAUGUCCGACGGUGAAAAUUAUGCCGCUUUCAACAACAUCUCUUACGUUGCUCCCCAGGUGCCGGCUUUGUUCUCUGCCGAAUCCAUGGGUGCGCUCGCUUCCAACCCGGCUAUCUACGGCCCUAACUCGAACGCCUUUGUUAUCAAGCACAACGAAAUGAUCGAAGUUCAGCUCUUUAACUGGGACGCUGGUAAGCAUCCCUUCCAUCUUCACGGUCAUCACUUCCAGGUCGUUCACAAGUCGCAGGAUGUCACUUCAGACGAUCCGACUAUCAACCCUCCGUUCAACUCGUCACAGGUCAACCCCAUGAGGCGCGACACGGUCAUGGUCCCACCCGGCGGAUCGGCUUACUUGCGCUUCAGGGCCGACAACCCAGGAGCUUGGUUCUUCCACUGCCACAUUGAUCCUCAUCUCGUGUCUGGUCUGGCCUCGAUUUUCAUCGAAGCACCCGAUGUUCUGUCCGACAGUUUCCUCAACGUGCCUAGCUACAUCAAGAAUCAAUGUCAGGCUCAAGGGAUUGCUACCACCGGCAACGCCGUUGGCCUCAACUCUACCUCCGACUUUGAUGGUCUCGCCAAGGGUCCUACAUAUCUCGAGUCUGGCUGGACCGGUCGUGCGAUCGCUGCUUUCACGGGCUGCAUCAUCACCGGCCUGCUCGGUCUCGCUACCGUCGUCGUUUACGGCUGGCAUUCGGGCGAAGAGGACGACGACGAGGAAGAGGAGGACAAGUGA